UAACACAAAUUUUAUUCAUUUAUGAUCACGCAAACGUUGCUUUGUUGUUUUGUAAGACAAUUAAAUACUUAGUUCUUCUGUUAAUAUUUAUGGUGAUUAGUUUGGUCGUGUGUCUGGUAAACGUUGGAUCGUGUGGAUUAUACUCCAUCAAACAUUAAUAAGAUUUGCAAGAUAGUGGAAACUGUAUCCCCUUCAUUGGUUGUUUUAGACGUGCUUUAGUAAUAUCACUGAUACGUGGUUCGAGCCACUGCAAACUUAUCAUUAGUAAUUAAUGAAUAAAAUAAAAACAAUAAUUUAUAAAAAUAAAAAAAAUAUGUGAGAUUAACUGAAAUAAAAAUAUUAACUGUUGAUUAACUAGAAUUAUAAGGCCCACUGCUUGCUGCCGCCUUCUGAUUUUUGAUAUAAACAAAUAAAAACAAGGCUGCAUUAUUUCGAUCUAAGUGUAAUGACUGAAAUUGAGAAUCAUCAUCUGGAAAAUGGAUCAGCAGUCAGGUCUAUGGUCCAAAAUACACCAAGAAAGUUCCACUUGACUAUGGAAGUUCCAAUGUGCCUAACCAUGCUAAGCUUGUCAUUAACAGGCGCUGCUGUUAGCAACAUUUUACUAUACAGGACAUGCUUGCAUAGUUUGAACCAUCCAGACUCUGUGUGUAAGGUUUUUCUUGCACUCGACAAGACGAACCAAACAGAUGAAUUAGAAAAAGAAGUGCAGAGAUACGCGACCGUAGUGAAUACCGUAAAAAGUAUAAUAGAAGCUGUUGCACCGGCAGUUUUAUCUCUAUUUAUGGGUGUGUGGUCUGAUACCCACGGCAGAAAACCUCUGGUUGUAUGGCCACUUUUUGGCAUGGCAAUGACUGGAAUGAUGCUGGUGGUGUAUAGCACUAUGAACGACUUGGGCCCUUGGUGGUUGAUAGUAACUGCCGUUCCAUAUUCGCUAACCGGCGGCAUGAUCAUAUUAUUUACUGGAGCUUUUUGUUACGUAAGUGACGUCACAUCCCCGGAGAACAGAUCCCUUAGAAUGACUAUACUGGGGGCAUCUGUUUCUGCUGGAAGCGUACUGGGAGGACUAUUUAGUGCCCAUUUGCUUAGGGCCGUCGGGAAUGUGUAUUUACUGUUGAUAGGAGCAUCUUUAAAUGUAUUUGCGUACGCCUUUACAAAUAUAUUUCUAAGGGAAUCAUUGGAAGGAGCUAUACAGGGGCGGCUCGGUACCCUAUUAGAUUGGUCUUUAGUGAAACAGAUGGCACGCGAAUGUUUCAAGAAACGGCCUAACUUCGGUAGAGCACAGAUCCUGCUCCUCACCGUUGCGAACAGUCUAACGAUAUUCAUAUUAUACGGUUCCAUGAAUUUGGAAUAUCUGUACACGAGAGAGAAACUGCGCUGGGCUCUGAAAGACUACACGUUAUAUUCGGCCUUGAGCACGACGAUAUCGUUCGCGGGCGGUUUCUUGGGCAUUAUAGUUGUGCAGAAGUUACUGAAGAUCGGCGAUCUGGCCUUUGUGAACGUCGCUUAUCUCUCGAUGAUCGUCGAGUACGUCGUGAAAGCGCUUGCAGUUUCAACGUGGCAUAUGUAUUUGAGUUCCACUAUAUCGUUGUUCAAAGGGCUAUCGUCACCGCUAUUGAGGUCGUUGUUGACAAAAAUACUGCCUAUCAGUGAUAUCGCUAAAGUAUUCGCGCUAAUGUCGGCUAUUGAGGGCUUAUGCCCUUUACUGUCUCCGCUUCUGUACAAUUCCUUAUACGAAUGCACGAUAUCAACAUUCCCGGCGGCUUUUUAUAUGCUCAGCAUUGGGAUCGUGUGCGUAUCUUGCACGUUUAUUGGAUUAGUACAAUAUUUCAGAAGGAAUGUGUCAACGCCCUAUGAGAGGUUGCAAGAUUCACCAACGAUUGCAUAAAAUACGUAAAAACCUUUUUAUAUAAAUGUGCCUUACAUUACUAAAACCCACAUAUUGUGCAUAAUGUCACAAUUGAAAAGUGAUAUGGUUGGGUUAGAUUAGAAAAACGUGCGUAAUUUGAUUUUUCAUUUGCAGAGUAGAUUGUUUAUAAAUUGCCUAUAAAUAUCUACAAUAUUUUUUAUUGAUAACUGUACCUAACAGACUGGAUAUUCCGGAAGGUAUAGUGCGGGAAGGGCGGAAGGGAAACUAUUUCAUCUACUGGCCAAAAGAUAUUUUUACAUACUGUCAAAAUCUAGAGAAUUAAUUUUAAAUAUAUCGACGCUUGAAAUGCAAACGUGACUAAGCGACAAUGCGUGAACCUUACAGUAGACUAAUUAAAAGUUGAAAUACCUAAAAAAAAUUAUAUUUUAACGAAUCUAGCUGUAGGAUUGAAAUGAUUUUAAUAGACCUAGAAAUAUAUAUUUUUUUGCGCAUCGAAUAUGGUUAUUGCUUAUCAUGUAUGUACAAAGCAGUUAUUUUCGCUUAGUCACAUUUGCAUUUCAAGCGUCGAUAUACAUUAAAAUAUAUUUAACUAAUUUCAAAUUUUGGACUUCGGUUCUUAAUCAAAUGAAUGAUCUUAAUUUUUGUAUUUGAACAAAAAUUUGUAGCUUAUAGCAGAAGUUUUAUAGGUAAUCUAAUUAUUUAGGUAGGUAGGUACUUAAUUAUUACGGGGUCGUAAAUAAUUGUGAUAUAUUUUUUAAAUUAUACUUUUAAGAAACUAGGUACAUUAAAUAUAAUUAAAUGUUGUACACAUAAGUUAUCUUAUUAAAAAGAGUUGUAAUCCCAAGGGGUUUAUAGAAUCAUAUAGAUUUUUCAUUGCAUCCACACCAAAACUGAUUUUAAAGAUUUUAUAAAAAUAUUGGGGUUUAGAAGUUACCAGAAGAAUAUACGUUUAUAAUUAAGGAAAACUCGUAGCCAAGUCAGUAAUUUUGUAUACAUGCACAUUCAGAAUUCUUUGUUAUAAAUUAACAGAAAAAGCAACAGCAAUUUCCUGUGCAACAUUUUUUACUUUUAUUUUGUAUUAACAUUAAAUAAAAGAAACUCUGUGAUAAGUAGUAUUCCGAAAAACUGGUAGCGUACUAUAUAUACACUUUUAUAAAAUUGUAUCAUAAAAUCUCAUGAAAAAAAUAUCGCGUACUUUGCCGUGGCGUAUAAGUAUGAAAGGAGAAACCCCAUUCUGGGCCUAAGCGUUACACGAAUGGGAUAUGUACCAAAAAAUUCGUCUAUUUUGCUUGAUUAACCUAUUGAAAUCUUAGCUUCAUUGACAAUGGUCAAGUGUAGAAAAUAAGUUGAAUUCUAUUUUUUUGUUUUAAACAAUCUUUGUAAACAUCUGCAAAACUUAUUUCAAUAUACUUAACUAGCUCCACAAACGUGUGGGUUAGAAUUAGAGCAUCCCUAAAAUAGGAUCGAUAAAAAAGUUUUCAUUAAAAUUAAAAUAAGACUGACCUAAAGGUCCUAGUUACCAGGUCAUAAAAUCUCUUAAAAAAACAUUUCGUGCGCAGCGCGUUUCGCAUUACGUUGUUUUUAAUUUUGGAUUUCGUUCGUUUUCGUAAACAACCUAAUGCACGAUUUCUCGUAACAGGUUCCAUUUUUAUUUUCAAAGCAACUUGUUGCUGCAACAGGUUUCGUAAAAAAUUACUCACCUUUAGUAGGAAACAAAUAUCGUUUUUUAUUAAAAUAUCUCGAACAAUAAACAUAACCUAAAAUGUAAACAUUGUCUGAUUUUACCAAUUUGGCCAUUGCUGGGAGACCUGAAAAUUGGGCUCAUGAAACCUUCAUAAGUGUUGUAAUUUAUGUCCAAAUUCUAGCACUGUAACGCCAGGCCCAAGUUUGUAUGGAUUUCGGGUUUCUCCUUUAUGAAUGGAUUGUUAGUCAUUUUAUAAAAUAUCAAGUUAAAAAAACAAUAAGACGGACCUUGUUAUGUUAUGAUUUUAUGCGGAAUAAUGCACUCUGAUGACAAUUCAUUCAGACUCAAUAAUCAACUCGGACAUUUUUAGACAAUUUCGUAGUUUUAAUUGGAGCAACUUGUUUAAAUAUAUCCUUAAAGAAUAAUAAUAUAUCAAUAGAUUUAAUUCGAAUCAGGAGUAUUUUCCCGCUCUGGCGUAGCUGGAAUGGGUAGGUAAAAAAAAAGUAUUUUAUAUUUAUCUGUAAAACUCGAAUGUGAUGUUCUGUUAAGUCACAAUAAAGUUCUGUCUAAGC